CAUUUUAACCUUUAUCGUGGCCAGUUGUAUCCGCAAUCGCGCACGGGAAUCCCGUGAUUGAACAUUAAAAUUAAUUAAAUGCAUAACUUACAAUAGAAAUGUGCGUGAAGCAACAAUAAUAAUUGAUGCCCGCGGGCAAUACGAAAUUGUGAAUUGCGUAAAUGGCUAGCUAGAACAUGAAGCAACAAAGCGCUAUGGAAGCGGCCGUGGAAACUUCGAUUUUUGCAUGAGUCGCAGCGCAGCCAAAAACAAAAAACAAAAAAAUUUAUAAUAAUAAAAAUAAACGCAAAGAAAACAGAGACGCUACCAAAUUAAAUUGCAGAUCCUAUUGAACUAAUCGGUGCUGAUAAAUACAAUUGUUAAUGCGAGUAUAUAUAAAUUUGUUGAUUUCGCUGCGCGUGUGCGUUUGUUUGUAAUUCGGUUGUCUGCUUUGUUGCUGCUGUUUGUUUGUGUUUUUGCACUACUCUCUCCAAUGUACGCGCGUCAGUCGUUUAUUGUGAAUGUGUAUGCGCGCAGUGACGUAAACAAAUGCAAAUAAAAAGGCACAAUUGUAAGCGAAAAUUUGAAAAAUGCCAACAACAAUAACAAGAACAUCAACAACAACAACAAGAAAACAGCCGCAUGCCGAUGCCGAAGCUGAUGCCGUUUCACGUGCCAAAUAUACAUAGUAGCAACAACAAGAACGCCAGCAACGGCAACAACAAAACGAUAACUUUUUUGCGCCGUGUGUUUUGUGCAGCUCAUUCGCUGCAAGGCCAGCUGAGCGCAACACGUUUGUGUUUGAUUCUGAUGCAUGCGUAGGCGAGCAGAGCAGAGCAGAGCAGCAGCAGCGCAGCAGCAACAGCAUGUGCGAGUGUGUGCGCGUGCAUUGAUUGAAACAUAGAUGCGACAGAUAAGACGACCCAGUCAAUGCCUGAUAGUGCAGCAACUGAAAGUGGGUCUCACAUAUGACUGAUAAUGGCAGUCAACGCUGCCAGCAGCAACAACAACGGCAACAGCAGCAGCAACAACCACAACAACAACAUCAAACACAAGAGGAAGCUCAGCAGCCACAAUGGCAAAACAAAAUGAAUAUUUAAAAAUUUGGAAACAUAUCAAAUGGCGAAUUGAAAAGUGAAAAUUUCAAGACAAAAUCAAGAGAACAUUUCCAGAAUUUUAUAAAUAAUUCGAAAAGCCAGCGACUUAACAGUAAAAUUAAACGAAAUUAGCGAAAGUGCCAUAGAUAAAAAAUAAAGAAAAGAAAACGCGAGUGUUAACAAAUCGAGUUUAUAUAGAAAUAUAGUUAUAGAACGUAUUAUCCCGCUUACGAAUUACACAUAUCCCAAAAGCAACGCUGCCAAUUAGAGAGCAAUCUAUACAUAUAUAUCUUAGAUAUAUAUAAUAGAGACAGAUAGAGAGAGAGAGAGAGGAGAGACAACUUGUAGUCAACACCACCGAGCGGAAGUCCAACAACAAUAUGACAAUAUCAGCAGCAGCAGCAGCAGCAGCACGAACAGCAACACCAACAACAACUAGAGCAACAACUGCAACAACAAACACGACAAGCAACAUUGCAAAUCGCCUGCCUGGCAAAUCGCUGAAAUAUGAAAAACUCAUUAAACAGCCGCAAAUGCAGUCGGGCACGACAAGCGUGACCGGCACACAAACGGAUGUGGAUGCGGAUGGGGACGCGGAUACGGAUGCGGACGCGGAUGCAUUCGUCGAUUGCGGCCAUCUUAAUAAGCAUUUCGGCAAUGGCCAUGCCACGCCAUCUGACCUCUACCGGCACCCCAGCCACGAGCACAUCACAGAUCGAAGCAUGCUCCUGCCGCCAGAGCCAACGGCUAACGGUUUUCUGCCCGGCAGCGGCAUUGUCACGUACAAGGCCAAAACGAAUGGCUUCAGCUAUGACUUUAACUCUACCUCAUCARCGAGCAUUGGCAGUGUGAAUGGUGGUGGUGGCGCUGUUGGUAGUGGUGGUGGUGGUGCUGGUGGUGCUAGCUCCGCCAUUUCAAGUUCGCUUUGCCAUUGUUGUAAUUUAAUUGCACGCCGUUGCAACCGCAUCAACGUGCGACGCUGCAUCCUGGCCCUGUUUGGCAUCACCGCGGUCAGCAUUUUAUACUACACGCACUACGUGGGCACCGACAUGUUCGACGGUCUCAUCCAGCGCGAUACACAUCCGGCGCCCAUUAUCAACUGCCGCAUGAUUAACUCGGCGGGCAAGCACAUACGUGACGCCUCGCCAGCGCCCGAUCAUCGUUCGGAGGCACGUCUGCGCAUCGAUCCCAAGGUGCUGGUGUUUGUGGAGACAACGUACUCGGGCCUGGGUCGUGACAUUGCCGAGCUCUUGGUGUACAAUCGGAUCAAAUAUAAAAUCGAGGUGGCCGGCAAGAGUCUGCCGGUGCUGACGAAUCUGGACAAGGGCCGCUAUGGCGUGAUUGUGUUUGAGAAUCUGGACAAGUAUCUCAACAUGGACAAGUGGAAUCGCGAGCUGCUGGACAAGUAUUGCCGCGAAUACUCUGUGGGCAUUGUGGGCUUCGUCAGUCCCAGCGAGGAGACGCUGGUCGGUGCCCAGCUGCGCGACUUUCCGCUCUUUGUGCACACGAACCUGCGACUGCGAGACGCCAGCCUGAAUCCCAGCUCCUCGGUGCUGCGUCUCACGCGUGCUGGGGAAACGGCCUGGGGUGCCCUGCCGGGCGACGAUUGGGCGGUGUUCCAGCACAAUCACAGCACCUACGAGCCGGUGGAGUGGGCGCAGCGCAACACCCAGGAGUAUCCGGCGGACAGUGUGGGUCAGGUGCAGCUGCCGCUGACCACGGUGCUGCAGGAUCGCGGCCAGCUGGAUGGCAUACAGCGCGUGCUCUUUGGGAGCAGUCUGCGAUUCUGGCUGCAUCGAUUGGUGUUCCUCGACGCACUUAGCUACCUCAGUCAUGGCCAGCUGAGUCUCAGCUUGGAGCGCAUGAUCCUGGUGGACAUCGAUGACAUCUUUGUGGGCGAGAAGGGCACUCGGCUGCGGCCGGACGAUGUGCGCGCUCUGAUUGCCACGCAGAAGAUCAUUGGCGGCAUGGUGCCCGGGUUCCGUUUCAAUUUGGGCUUCUCCGGCAAGUACUACCAUCACGGCACCCGGGAGGAGAAUCUGGGCGACGACUUCCUGCUGCAGAAUGUGCAGGAGUUCAACUGGUUCUCGCACAUGUGGAAGCACCAGCAGCCGCAUCUCUACGACAACCUCACCCUGCUCAUGGCCGAGAUGCAGAUGAACUUUGCGUUCGCCAAGGAGCACAAUAUUCCCACGAGCUCCGGUUACUCCAUAUCGCCGCAUCAUUCGGGUGUCUAUCCGGCGCACGAGCUGCUCUACAUGGCCUGGAAGCAGGUGUGGAACGUGAAGGUCACCUCCACCGAGGAGUAUCCGCAUUUGCGGCCGGCUCGCCUGCGCCGUGGCUUCAUCCACCGGAAUAUAAUGGUGCUGCCGCGGCAGACGUGUGGCCUGUUCACCCACACCAUGUACAUAGAUAGGUAUCCGGGUGGGCGGGAUAAGCUGGACGAGUCCAUACAGGGCGGCGAGCUGUUCCAGACCAUCGUCUACAAUCCCAUCAACAUAUUUAUGACGCACAUGUCCAACUAUGGCUCCGAUCGCCUGGCGCUCUACACAUUCCAAUCGGUCAUCAAGUUCCUGCAGUGCUGGACCAAUCUGAAGCUGGCCUCGGCACCGCCCAUUCAGCUCGCUGAGAUGUACUUCCGCCUGCAUCCCGAGGAGGUGGAUCCCGUGUGGGGCAAUCCCUGCGAUGAUGCGCGCCACAAGAAGAUCUGGUCGAAGACCAAGAGCUGCGACUCCCUGCCCAAAUUCCUGGUCAUUGGGCCGCAGAAGACGGGCACCACCGCCCUCUACACAUUCCUCUCGAUGCAUGGCAGCGUGGCCAGCAACAUACCCAGCCCGGACACCUUCGAGGAGGUGCAGUUCUUCAAUGGCAACAACUACUACCGCGGCCUCGACUGGUACAUGGACUUCUUUCCCUCGGAAACGCUGCCCAACACCAGCUCCCCCAUGCCCACUGCCGUGGGCACGCCGCGCUACAUGUUCGAGAAGAGCGCCACCUACUUCGACGGCGAGGCGGUGCCUAAGCGGGCGCACGCUCUCCUGCCCCAUGCCAAGAUCGUGACCAUUCUCAUAUCGCCAGCGAAGCGCGCCUACUCCUGGUAUCAGCAUCAGCGCGCUCACGGCGAUGUCAUAGCGAACAACUACAGUUUCUAUCAGGUCAUAACGGCUAGCGACUCGGCACCGCGCGCUCUGAAGGAUUUGCGUAAUCGCUGCCUGAAUCCGGGCAAAUACGCACAGCACCUGGAGCACUGGCUGGCCUACUAUCCCGCCCAGCAGCUGCACAUCAUCGAUGGCGAGCAAUUGCGCCUCAAUCCCAUCGAUGUGAUGAACGAGCUGCAGCGCUUUUUGAAAAUCCAACCGCUCCUCGACUAUUCCAAUCACCUGCGCUACGAUGUGAAAAAGGGCUUCUACUGCCAGGCUGUCAGCGAGAAGCGCAAUAAAUGCCUCGGCAAGUCCAAGGGGCGCCAAUAUCCCCAAAUGGAUGAGCGCAGUGCCAAGCUGUUGCAGCGCUACUAUCUGAACCACAAUACGGCGCUGGUAAAGCUGCUGAAGAAGCUCGGCUCACGUCCCAUACCCCAGUGGCUCAAGGAUGAUUUGUCGACGGGCACGUGAUAGCAGCUGUUUGGAGGCGUGGCCAUUGGCGCAGUCGAACUUGGAAUUGGUCUAGGAAUUGGCAUUGGCGGCAACAAAUAUCGCAAAAUGCGUGCGAAACUCAGGAAACAGUUGCACUGGCUACAGCUGACGGCGGCAGCGGCAGCGCCUGGAACUAUGCGUGCUGGCAGCAGCGAGAGAAGCAGCGGCAGAGGCAGAGGCAGCGACAGCGACAGCGAACACAAAAACAACAACAGAGCGAAAAGAACAAAAAAACAUAAUUAGCUACUUUGAAUAUGCAUAAAUCUAGCUUGUUGUCGUUGUCGUUGUUGUUGCAAUUUAAUGAUGUCGCUGCAGUUGGCAGCUGAAUGCAAAAACAGUUAACUAGCGCAUGUGUGUGUCUGUGUGCGUGUGUGUGUUGUAUAGGUGUGCGUAAUUGUGUAAAUACUAUAAUGGAAUCUGUGCAUGAGUGUAUGUAUGUGUGUGUGUGUGUCUCUGCUGCCAGCGCAUUGUAAUCUAUAGCAGAAAAGCAUCAUGAAUAAAUGCAUAAAUGCAUUUCAUGCGCUUUGUUAGUUGUUCAAAAAUAUUAUGCUAGAAAAAAAA